GAAAUACAACACAAAGAGCUUAAGGAAUAAAAAUGCCAUAACUACCACCCUGCUGCUACCACACAGGACUAUUUAUUAUAAUAAAGUCCAGAAUCUUUACUUGAGUGCAGCUCAGCCCACAUCUGUUAAACCCUGAGCAGCGAGGAAGAAUGCGUGCUUUUAUUUUGAAGAGCAUGAACCAGGAAGAAGAAGAUGGAUCCGUGUUGUGUUUUUCCACCGUAGCGACAACAGAGCCGCGAUAAAGCAGCGGUUUAGUUUUUAUUUCAUCGCUGUUGAACCGCAGAAGAGAGCCGCCCGGAGCCGCCGUCAUGUCGGAGCUGGAGGCGCAGGUCUGCUCCAUCCUGGAGAUCAUGGUCAACGCCACCGUGUCGGAAAUGAGCAAAGUUCUGGGCGGCUGCGGUCCAACUCGUCCACAAGUGUCCACAUGUGCGCCGGAAAACACGCACGGCUCCUCGGAGGAGAAGGUGAUCCAGUUCAGCGUCUUCAUGACGUCUCUGGCUCAGGAGGCCGUGGAGCAGAUCUGCCAACUUUGCCACGAAUAUUCCUCGAUGCUGCAGCUGGAGGUGACGCAGGGCGUAGCUGAGAUGAAGGACCUGAGGAGGAGGCUGGAGGAGGCCGAGUCGGAGCUGAAGCUGGUGCUGGACGGCAGCGGAGGCCGGAAGGAGGCCGAGGAGCUGACGGAGGGAGGCGGCAGGGAGAAGGAGGCCAGGAGGGAAGGAGACGCCGUGGAGGGCAGCCAGCGGUCGGGAAGGAAGAGCCGCAGAGUCGUGUCCGGUGGUGACGGUGGAGUCAAGAGGUCGCCUAUAAUUCAUCUGUGGAAAGGCCGAACUUAUGAGGACAGCAUCCAGCCAGUUAUAAUAAAGGAGGAAGGACUGGAGGGUCUAGCCGACCAGGCGUCUUCUGAUUCUGGUCCGUACAGAGACGAGCCCGGCCAGGACGACGACGACGACCCAGACUACCAGGUGGGAUUCACCGGCACCUCUUUGUCACUGAUCAGGCUCAAUGUUUUCAUAUUUCAGGUCAAUUUGCAGUUUAUUUUUUUGUUAAAUUAGACCAAGAAAUACUGAAGCAUCAGUUCAGACGUAGAGCAGCAACGGCAGGAACAGCGUUUAUGGAAAUAAGAAAUAUACUGACAAAUAGGGAAAUAGCAACUAGCAUCCGUAUGAGAGCUCUCAGCUGUUUCAUUCUACCAGCUCUGAUGUGAAUCGUGGAACAUAAAUAAUAAAACGUCAAACAACAUGUGGUUUUACAGACGCAUGCUACGUACAGUAUGUCUCAUAUGGACAGAAUGAGCAAUGAAGGUGUUUUAAAAUUACUAAACACUACUUA